AUCAAAGAUUCAUAUAAUAGUGGACAUCAAAAUAGGUCCUGGCGGAGUCUAAAACUCAUUAAACACUGGUUAAUGCCUUUGAAUUACUGAGCCAUGCACCUCGAUUAGUCCAUGCUUGUUACGGCUAACAUAGGAUGUCAUAAGUUGUUUUUAAACUGUCAAUAAAAACUUUUUUAACCGAUAGAGAUGAUGUUGAUUUGUCAAAUCAAGAAAUCUUCUUUUAAUUUUAUUUUCUAAAAAACAAUGGGCACAUGAAAAAGGACAUUCGUCUUAAUGUCCAUGUGAAAUUGAAUUAUCCAUUAUUCAUAAAGCGAUGGAUGCUAAGUUCUGUAGAUCAAGCCCAAAGUCUAAUAGUGGGUGUUUAUUUCUUAGGAAACAAAUAAGUGCGACCUCAUGUAAGAAAAUGAAUGCGCCAAUCAGGGCCAUUGUAAAGCAUGCAAAGUUGGGACAGCUGACAAACAUGUAUUUUGUUUUAUAUUUUGGUAUGGGUAUUCGUUGAGCAGCUGCACCUAAUGUUACCGGCUUAUGUAAAGUGGCGGCCUCUUUUUUAUAGACCAUGUUGUAAGCCGAAGUCCCUUCCCUAUGGUUAGGCCUUAAUAUGAAAGAGUCAACCGGUCAGCUGUGAGUUGGCUCAACAACUUUAUUUCUAACUCCAUCCUACUCAUCAUAUAUAAACUUCUUUCCCAGCUGAACUCCUACAUAAUUUUGGGCUUUGGAGUUUUAAUUUGGUGAAGAUGGAGAAUAUAUUGAAGAUGAAGCAGAGUAUGGCAAUGUUGAUAUAUGGGGCUGGAAUUAUAGUUCUAGCGUUGGGCAUGUUGAGCACCAUUGUGGGGGCUGACAACAACAACAACAACAACAACAAUAACAACAACAAUUCGUGCAUGAACGAGCUUGCCCCUUGUUUGAACUAUCUGAAUGGAAACAGAGAGCCUCCAGAGAGUUGCUGUGAUCCUCUGAAAUCCAUAAUAAAAAAUAACCCAAAAUGUUUGUGCAGUAUGAUAACCAACCAGGGAAGCAGACAGGCCGAGCAGGCGGGCAUCAACAUCACUGAGGCUCAGACGUUACCUGGGAGAUGUGGCCAACAUGUCAACCCCCUCUCCUGUCUCAAAGCUGCUUCUCCUUCUCCAAGCAGUGGUUCUAAUAAUAAGAACUCCAAUACCAAUAGUCGUCCAAAUAAUAAUAAUGAAAAUAGUGGAAGCAGCAGCACCGUCUCUCACCAUGUGUUGGGUUGUUGGAUGAAUAUAGCAGCCGCUGUUGUAUCACUUUGUGUUUUCAGAUAUUAUUUCUAGAUUUACAUCCUUCAUUUUACUACACUAAUUCUAUUAAUAUAUGUAACUCUAUCCGUUUGAUUCUAUCCUAGUUCUGGUGGAGGAGAUUCAAUUCAUAUUUUAUAUACAUACAUAUAUAUAUAUAUAUAUUUAUAUUUAUAUUCAGAUUCACAGAUUCACUUUCUCAUUUUUCUUUCGUCAAACACCAAAUGUGUAAGUGUCAUGUGUAACUUCCCCCAUACACAU